UUCAUUGGUCAGCUUGCAAGAGACGUCAUAAUUUCGUCACGACUCGGAGGAAGCGGGAACCCCAUCAGCCUCUGAUUGACUGAACUUGUCUCCACGCUGGAUUCCUUGGUGAUUGAAAAAAUCCAAAGGUUCACGCAUGGCUUGCGAGAAAGAAAUAUGGCAAAAGAUUGGCGAGGGCUUUGUCCAAGAAUAUUACAACCAGUUUGACAAUACGAACAGGACGGGACUGGGUAACCUAUAUUCCGCUGACGCCUGUUUGACAUGGGAAGGAUCACCUUUUCAAGGGAGAGAAGCCAUUGCUGGCAAAUUAGUCAACUUGCCUUUCAAGCGCAUUAAGCACAUCAUCACAGAACAAGACUUCCAACCCACGAUAGAUAGUUGUAUCCUCAUCAUGGUGUUCGGACAGUUACAGGUAGAUGAUGAUCCACCAAUGGCCUUUCAUCAAGUGUUUAUGCUCAAGUCCCAAAACUGUGCAUGGGCCUGCACAAAUGAUGUGUUCCGGUUGGGGAUACACAACAUACCAGUGUAGUGAUCCGGAUUUGUUGGCUCUCACACGUUGACAUCAUCCAGCUCUAAAUUCUUACCAUGGUCAAGCUGUCAUUGAAAACACAAGGGAUUUUAUUACAGAGUUCCUCAAUGUUUACAAUACACCUAUAAGCGUAGUGUUUGUAAUAAAUAUGUCAAAUUACAUUGCUCUCCAAUAAAAGAAUUUAUUAGUCUGAA